UGCCCCCCACCCAGACCUCCCGCACUGGUGAAGUGGGAGCUGCCCCCUCGCGGAAGAGCCCCCAGCUCUGCUAGUUCGACAGUUGAGGCGUGGUGGCAGGAAGGGCGCCUAUCGAAACGCCCAGGCUCCGGAUUCCGCCCGCGGAGCGACGUGCAGCUUCGCGCCCAGCCCCAGGCUGCAGGGAGGGAUUUACCUGCAUUCACCCCUACACUCCUGCCUGGAACUGCCUGGCUGUCUCCUCCAUUGCCUUCCCUCAGCCCUCCACACCCUAACCUCCUUCGCUGUGGGGAUCUUUCUGGACUACGUGAAAGGUGGGACUUGGCUUGGUGGCCAUGGGCAAGCAGAACAGCAAGCUGCGGCCGGAGAUGCUGCAGGACCUUCGGGAGAACACGGAGUUCUCGGAGUUGGAGCUGCAGGAGUGGUACAAGGGGUUCCUCAAGGACUGCCCCACGGGCAUCCUCAACGUGGAUGAGUUCAAGAAGAUCUACGCCAACUUCUUCCCCUACGGUGAUGCCUCCAAAUUUGCCGAGCACGUCUUCCGCACCUUCGACACCAACAGCGAUGGCACCAUUGACUUCCGGGAGUUCAUCAUUGCGCUGAGCGUGACCUCGCGUGGCCGCCUGGAGCAGAAGCUCAUGUGGGCCUUCAGCAUGUAUGACCUGGAUGGCAACGGCUACAUCAGCCGCGAGGAGAUGCUCGAGAUUGUGCAGGCCAUUUACAAGAUGGUUUCGUCUGUGAUGAAGAUGCCGGAGGAUGAGUCGACCCCAGAAAAGAGGACCGAGAAAAUCUUCCGCCAAAUGGACACAAACAACGACGGUAAGCUGUCCCUGGAGGAGUUCAUCCGCGGGGCCAAAAGCGACCCGUCCAUCGUGCGUCUGCUGCAGUGCGACCCCAGCAGCGCCUCCCAGUUCUGA